UAGAAAAUGGCUUCGUCUCAAGAUGCUUGGUAUUUAUCUCUGUUAGGGUUAGCUGAAAAUUUUAGAACAUCAAGUCCUCCCAACAUAAAAUUGUGCAUUCAGUGUUUACAAGCAGUGUUUCACUUUAAACCUCCGCCAAGAGUAGAAGCUAGAACACAUUUACAACUAGGAAACAUUCUUUUAACCCAUACAAAAAAUGUAGACUUGGCAAGGACUCAUUUAGAACAAGCAUGGAUGCUGUCACAGAUGAUAAAUGCUUUUGAUGACGUAAAGUUCGAAGCUGCCAGUGUACUUGCGGAAUUGUAUGAGCAGCAGAAUCAGUCAAAUCUUUCGAAACCAAUUUUAAGGAAAGCUAUUGAACUAUCACAACAUAGUAUAUACUGGCAUUGUAGACUUAUUUUUCAACUAGCACAAAUCCAUGCAACAGAGAAGGACUACGAGUUGGCCAGCAGCCUGCUGGGAGUGGGGGUGGACUAUGCUCACAUCUCACAGGCCCACUACACGAGGGUGUUGUUCCUGUUGAGCCGAUGUAUGCUACUGCUGAUAGACAAAAAGUUCCUAGAAGUGCUGCCGUUGUUAAACCAAGCCGGCCUGCUCGUUGACAAUUGGACAGGCAGUCAGCAUCAGAAAGAGUACCUGAAGGUCUACUUCCUUGUACUUCAGGUGUGUCACUAUCUGAUGGCGGGACAGGUCAAGAGUGUGAAGCCUUGUCUGAAGCAACUGCAGCAAAGUAUACAAACCAUCAUGAUGCCCUCCUGGCCAUCGGAUGAUGUUGUGAGCGGAACCAAUGUGGGAGACAUGUUCAUAUGGAUGCCCAAGGAGCAUUUGUAUGUACUAGUAUACCUGGUCACUGUAAUGCACAGCAUGCAGGCUGGUUACAUGGACAAGGCGCAGAAAUACACGGAAAAGGCACUAAUGCAAAUCGAAAAACUUAAAAUCGUGGACAACAAGCCGAUCCUCAGCGUGUUCCAGCUGAUGCUGCUGGAGCACAUCGUCAUGUGUCGACUGGUGAUGGGGAACAAGACCUUGGCUCUGCAGGAGAUGGCACAGGCGUGUGUACUGUGUCAGAGCCAGCCCAGGUUACUGCAGAGUCACAGGCCACAGUUGCACACCCUGCUCGGUCUCUACGCUAUGAGUAUGAAUUGUAUGGAGGCUGCCGAGGCACAGUUCAUGGCGGCGCUCAGUCUGUCACAAGAACGGGAUCUGUGGACGUUUGCCAACCUUAAUCUGGGGAUUGUCUACCUGCGUGGCAAGAGGGAGAUGGAGUUUGCCAACCUGCUAGAGAGGAUAAACCCUGACACAUUGCCGUCCCACUCGCAUAGCUUGCGUGCAGCAGCUUACUAUGUGCAGGGACUACAGAGCUUCUUCCAGGCGCGGUACAACGAGGCCAAGAGGUAUUUACGGGAGACACUAAAGAUGGCAAAUGCGGAGGACUCAAACAGGUUAACGUCUUGUACACUGGUGUUGCUAGGACACAUCUUCCUGUCUCUGGGCAACUCCCAGGAGAGUAUGAACAUGGUGACUCCGGCCAUGCAGCUAGCCAGUAAGAUCCCUGACGUCCAUGUCCAGCUGUGGGCCUCCGCUAUCCUCAAGGAUUUAUACCGUAUGUGCGGGGACCCGGCACGAGAGAACGAGGCAUAUCAGAUGCAUUGCAACUUCUCCCAGAUGCUGCUCAAGGACCAUUUCCAGUCCUCACAGAUGGCUGAGCACAAUCUCAUAUUCUGGUUGGAAGGCAGUUUCCCCUUGCUGGCCACCAACCCGCCCAGCACUUCCACGCAGCUUAUAUGAGAUGCAGAAGGAGUCCAGCGCACACGAGGCCUCCGUAUUCCCUAGUCUAGUUUACCAGCAGAGUUUUAUUUGAUAUCAUAGUCUAUUGUACAGGAACCUGUGUGACAGGUUCGUUGGUUGCAGAAGAUGUCUUGGAGUCCUUAUUUAUUUAUUAGUAAACUAUUGUGGAGUAGGUACGGUACCAGACAACCUUUAUCAGUAUUGGUUUGUUUAUACAAAAAGUAAUUAAGUUUGUGUGAUCAAGUUUUAAAGGUGUGAAAUUAACACUGUUAAAAACCCCCUUGCAGUCAAAUUCCAUUCUAUCAGUGGAUAUAAUGGAAACUGGUCAAACUCAAUCAGAAUGGGCUUUUAAGUUUGUUUAACUUAGUAGUAGUCACUGUGUACAAGUUAGAUAUGACGUAGGGAAGUACUCCCGAUAAGGUAUAUUGUAUGUACAAAGUACUGCUAUACCAACAUUUUUAGUUUAUAAUAUUAAAAUAUGUGAUCAAAAAAUUAGUUUUUUAUGUUCUAGCUCAAAAACAAGUUUUAAGUUAGUUAAGUUCUAUAUGAGAAUUACAACAAUUUCAGUUAUUGUUAUGAAUUUAUCAGAUAUUUAGUGUGAAAAAUUUGUAAUUUGCCUCUUAGUUGUAUUUGAAGUUGAAAAUCACCCAGAGGAAAAUUUUUUAUUUGUUUGGACAAUGCUCUUUUAUUUUAAUUAGAGAUAUUUUUUAUUGUGUUGUAAUUUACUUUUACAUAUGACGAAGGCACUUCAUAUAAUAAAAUGUAAAAACUCUAUUAAUAUAUGCAUGAAUUGAAAAAUAUAAUUAUGUACGAUUGUUUCUAGGACCAAAAGUUUGCUAUUGAUCACCAAAUCUCUAAAUUAUCCUUAACAAAAUAAAACUUUUCAGACAUAUGAAUGUGUCGAAUUUUUUUUAUGCGGCAACAAUAGAAACGCUACCAAGGGACAGGAAAUAAGGUAUUUAAGUAGAAAUCUAUUAAAAUAUUGUUUUUUCUUUCAACUAUUUUAUAAACUACUCAAGUGUAUAUAUAAAGUUUGUUUUUGGUUAUGGAAAGAUUGUGAAGGAAACAGGAUUUUUCUGGACAUUUGCCAUCAUUCAGUGAUACAAAAGAUCAGUGACACUACGUUUCGAGAUCUGCAAUCUGAUCUCGUCCUCAGAUGGAUGACUAACCUACCACAUAAUUACAAGCUAGGUUAAAUGAACGAAUCAUACAUGAGCGUUGUGACACAAAAAAUGUCAAGGAUCACAAUGAUCUGCACACAACUGUGAGCACACUAUCUCUAAAACACGCACUUAAUAAAAACAAAACGCUAAUUAUUAUAACUGAAUAACCAACCACAUAGAACUGACCCGAGGCCAGUAGUAAAUGGUGAUCGUCAUGACAGAAACAUGAUGGCGGAAAAAAAGGAAACAGGAGUGGGCCCUUUUUUUAUUAUUGGUGUAUUGUAGAUGAACUUAUCAAAACCAUACCGAAACCAUCUAGAAUGAUGGCAAAUGUCCAGAAAAAUCUAAUGUUUAUUUCAAACAAUUUUAUUGCAGAACUUUACUAUUUCAAUUAAACUAACUAUAACUGAAGUCAGAGAAAUGUAAAAGUAUCAAUAAAAAAGAAAAACUAAAUUGACUUGAUUUAAAAGUUUUCACGUAUUAGUUUAGAAAUGAAAUACUACUCUUUGUUUGAAGGUUAUUUUUUCAAAUAAUCCCUACUGAUGCGGAUGUGGAAACACCUUCCACUUAAAAGCAUCCAGGACUUCUCGAGUCCAAUUUGUCUUAUGUGGUCGAUAGCCAUUUUGCACAAAAUUUAGGGUAACCUAACUUAUGUGUAACAAUUUUGUUUAACAAACUUCUUAAAAUUUGAGGAAAACUAGAUUCAAGAUUCAAGAUGUACGUGUAAAUUAUACAUAAUGAGUAAGGACGUCAUAUGACGUAUAUUCUUAUAGUGGCCCAAAAGAGUACAGAUGUCAUAUGACGUUUAGCCUCUGUAUUUUUGUAUUAUCGUAAAUGCUAUGCUAUUACUGAUUCUCUUUAAGUAUAUUUGUCUUUAAAGUGAUUCCAUCUAUUUGCAACUUACUUAACUUCCAUGUUUGUGCUCGCAUUCACUUGUAAUCAGAUUUUAUCACCAGAUCGCAGUAGCCACCCGGUAGAAGGCCCUGACUCAAGGUCGCGUCGUGCGCUCAUCGCUUUGCUGUCCGAAUAUGCCGCCACAUUAUGCUAGCCAUUCCUUGAAUACUACAUACUGUGGCCAUAUUCAGAGUGACAUAUUUGUUGAGUAACCAUCUAGUUUGUUACUGUUGUCCAAAUGGCAGACAAUAUGCCGCCACAUUAUGCUAGCCAUUCCUUGAAUACUACAUACUGUGGCCAUAUUCAGAGUGACAUAUUUGUUGAGUAACCAUCUAGUUUGUUACUGUUGUCCAAAUGGCAGACAAUAUGCCGCCACAUUAUGCUAGCCAUUCCUUGAAUACUACAUACUGUGGCCAUAUUCAGAGUGACAUAUUUGUUGAGUAACCAUCUAGUUUGUUACUGUUGUCCAAAUGGCAGACAAUAUGCUGCCACAUUAUGCUAGCCAUUCCUUGAAUACUACAUACUGUGGCCAUAUUCAGAGUGACAUAUUUGUUGAGUAACCAUCUAGUUUGUUACUGUUGUCCAAAUGGCAGACAAUAUGCCGCCACAUUAUGCUAGCCAUUCCUUGAAUACUACAUACUGUGGCCAUAUUCAGAGUGACAUAUUUGUUGAGUAACCAUCUAGUUUGUUACUGUUGUCCAAAUGGCAGACAAUAUGCUGCCACAUUAUGCUAGCCAUUCCUUGAAUACUACAUACUGUGGCCAUAUUCAGAGUGACAUAUUUGUUGAGUAACCAUCUAGUUUGUUACUGUUGUCCAAAUGGCAGACAAUAUGCCGCCACAUUAUGCUAGCCAUUCCUUGAAUACUACAUACUGUGGCCAUAUUCAGAGUGACAUAUUUGUUGAGUAACCAUCUAGUUUGUUACUGUUGUCCAAAUGGCAGACAAUAUGCCGCCACAUUAUGCUAGCCAUUCCUUGAAUACUACAUACUGUGGCCAUAUUCAGAGUGACAUAUUUGUUGAGUAACCAUCUAGUUUGUUACUGUUGUCCAAAUGGCAGACAAUAUGCCGCCACAUUAUGCUAGCCAUUCCUUGAAUACUACAUACUGUGGCCAUAUUCAGAGUGACAUAUUUGUUGAGUAACCAUCUAGUUUGUUACUGUUGUCCAAAUGGCAGACAAUAUGCUGCCACAUUAUGCUAGCCAUUCCUUGAAUACUACAUACUGUGGCCAUAUUCAGAGUGACAUAUUUGUUGAGUAACCAUCUAGUUUGUUACUGUUGUCCAAAUGGCAGACAAUAUGCUGCCACAUUAUGCUAGCCAUUCCUUGAAUACUACAUACUGUGGCCAUAUUCAGAGUGACAUAUUUGUUGAGUAACCAUCUAGUUUGUUACUGUUGUCCAAAUGGCAGACAAUAUGCUGCCACAUUAUGCUAGCCAUUCCUUGAAUACUACAUACUGUGGCCAUAUUCAGAGUGACAUAUUUGUUGAGUAACCAUCUAGUUUGUUACUGUUGUCCAAAUGGCAGACAAUAUGCUGCCACAUUAUGCUAGCCAUUCCUUGAAUACUACAUACUGUGGCCAUAUUCAGAGUGACAUAUUUGUUGAGUAACCAUCUAGUUUGUUACUGUUGUCCAAAUGGCAGACAAUAUGCUGCCACAUUAUGCUAGCCAUUCCUUGAAUACUACAUACUGUGGCCAUAUUCAGAGUGACAUAUUUGUUGAGUAACCAUCUAGUUUGUUACUGUUGUCCAAAUGGCAGACAAUAUGCUGCCACAUUAUGCUAGCCAUUCCUUGAAUACUACAUACUGUGGCCAUAUUCAGAGUGACAUAUUUGUUGAGUAACCAUCUAGUUUGUUACUGUUGUCCAAAUGGCAGACAAUAUCGAUUGAGUCUGCCGUAGUGAGGAAAUAAGACGUUUGAUUUUGAAAAAGUACUGAAAUAUUGACUUGUAGAACGCGUAGUCCUUUUUUAUUAAGCUAUCAAAUGUAAAUAAA